AGAAACCAUAAAUAAAAUUAAACAAAUAAAAUAAUCCCCAAAUCUAAAUUAAAAGCAAAAGAUUAAGAAAUUAAAAAUCCACCCAAAAAUAUAAAUAAAAAUCACAAAGCGCUCAGUUUUUAUCUGUGUUAGUCCAGUUUUGGCGAUGAUGACUACUACUACUACUCUUCAAGUUCAAGUUCAAGCUCAAGCUUCUUCUUCCUUCGCCAUUCGCAUUCCUCCCUCCUCAUUCACUUCUCCUCUCACUCGCUCCCCUCACCGCUUUGUCGUUCGAGCCGCAGUGGACCCUUCAGAGAAGUCUAUUGAGAUAAUGAGGAAGUUCUCCGAGCAGUAUGCUCGUAAAUCGGGAACAUACUUCUGUGUGGACAAGGGAGUGACUUCUGUUGUUAUCAAGGGAUUGGCUGACCAUAAAGAUUCAUUGGGUGCACCACUAUGCCCUUGUCGACAUUAUGAUGACAAACCUGCCGAGGUUGGUCAGGGGUUUUGGAACUGUCCAUGUGUUCCUAUGAGAGAAAGGAAGGAAUGCCACUGCAUGCUCUUUCUUACUCCUGACAAUGAUUUUGCUGGCAAGGAACAGGCUAUCUCCUUGGACGAGAUCAGAGCAACAACAGCAAAUAUAUAACAUGGUUUAGUGUAUCAUAAUUACUUGUUUAAGCAGUGAAUUACCUGUAUUAGGCAAAAAAUAAUCAUCAUUGUAUGUAUAUUUGUAUCCUAAUCAGGAUCCAUAUCUGGCUUUUCCUAUUUCCUAUUAUGUACUUUUAAUUUGCAUA